AUGGAUAUAGAUAUGGAAAAUUUUGUAACUUACGACAGCAUGGCUAGAGCUGAAAUUGUGAAACGGAGAGCUGAAGGCAAUGAAAGAAGAGCCGCGUUUAGGAAAAAUAUAAAAAUUAUUAUGACGUCAUCCACCGCAUAUCCGUUUAAAUAUAUCAAGGGGACAUACUUGUGUUUCUUUUGUGAGAAUUCAUUUCUAGAGCCGGAAAAACUAAGGGAACACACUCAAAAAAUACACACAGACCGAGCUUUUAAGCUAAAGAAAUAUGAGCCCUUGAAAAUGGAUUUUUCGGCUUCGAUUUGUAAACUAUGCGGCACAGGUGUGGAUGACUAUUUAAAUUUAAAAGCACAUUUGCGUGAUCACGGCAAAAUAUUGGAUAGCACCCACGGGGAAUCAAUUCUACCGUACAAAUUGACUAAGGAUGACCACUGCUGCCAAAUAUGCGGAAAGCGGUAUGAGAUGUUUUUAAGUCUUCACCGCCACAUGAAUGAUCACUACGAACACUUUAUCUGUGAAACAUGUGGCAAAAGGUUUGCCACUACGCAAAGACUACUGAACCACUCACGGACUCACGAAAGAAGAGAUUUUCCUUGCAAACAUUGUGGAGAGACGUCCUCGUCAUACGCUGCAUUAUACGCGCACAUUGCAAAAGUACACAGGCUAAAUAAGAGAUACAAAUGUCCUAUUUGUGACGAAAAGUUUGCUUCCUAUAAAUAUAGGAUAAAACAUCUGAAUACCGUCCACGGUGAAAAAACUACACUAUUCCCCUGUCCGUCAUGUCCAAAGGUAUUCGAUCUCUGCAGCCGCAGAACCGCUCACGUCAGAUCUCAUCAUCUGCAGGAGAGGAACCACACUUGUUCCGUCUGUGGGAUGAAGUUCUUCAGUAACUAUGAGCUGCAGGAGCACAGCGUGAAGCACGUCGGUGCUAGAAUAUACCAGUGCGACGUUUGUAAGAAAUCGUACGCCAGGUUGAAAACAUUGAGGGAACAUAUGCGUAUACAUAACAACGACAGACGAUUCGUGUGUCCGGCCUGCGGGGCCUCGUUUAUACAGAAAUGUGAUGAUCACGGUCAAGAUGAUGUAGUUGUCAGCGCUGUAAUGCACAGUGACGAUAGCUUGUUGGGUCAGGGAAUUUUAAAGGAAGAUAGUCAUGUCGGCUUUGAAACUAUUAUUCCCAUUAGAGAACACGAUUACGAUUUUAUAACUGGAAUAGACAGUGACAGUUUUAUGAUUAAAGAUAAACAUUUAUCUGAGGAGGGCAAUUGUGCUCUGCAUACACCAAUAUCUUGUAGUGAACAGGAAUAUGAUACAAAUUCUGGUAUAAAUUUUGAUAGCAUUAUCUCGAAUGAUAUACUCAUGGCUGGAGAGAGUAAUUCAUGCUCUCAAGCUCUCAUAUCAUACAAUGAGCCUGAUUGCGAUGUAACUUCUGAUAUAAAUAAGGAGGAGAGUGUUGAUUGGCCCGGUGUAGACUUGGAUCUAGACGACAUAUUCAUAUUUGAAAUCAGCGAAAGGUCGUUUUGUACGACAUGCGACGAAGAAUUUAUAAAUCUCGACCUAUUAAACGAACACAUGAUUAUACACGAUGACAAAUACAUUUGCGAACAGUGUGGAACGGAUUUUAAGAAAUUAGAUUUGUUAGAAAACCACUCUUUGACGCAUCUGUCUAAAACGUUUCUGUGUCUGGUUUGCUCUUUAGCUUUACCGUCAGAAGAUGAAAGGAAUAAACAUUUUAGAGCCAACCACAAAAAUAUAGUUAUACACAAAUGCCCGUUCUGUCCGGAAAUAUUCCGGAAUUAUAUUUAUAGAGACAAACAUGCAUUACGGAAACACGGUGUCAAGUAUAAAGGGUUCCCAUGCUUCCAUUGUUCCAAAUCAUACGCGUCGAAUGCAAAAUUGAAGGCUCACACACAUUCGAUUCACAGCGAAGAAAAACGUUUCUCAUGUGAAAAUGAAGAAGAUAACGGAGUACAUACUUCCAAAAAAGAGAAGGAAAACAUGAAUGUAAAGAAAAUAUUUGAUGAAGACGCCAUAAAGACCAGGAAAACUAACGCCUGUCUACUCCUAGAAAAUGCAAGGAUAUAUCCAUUUAGAUGGACAAAAAAUUUAUACCUUUGCUUUUACUGCGACCAACAGUUCACUGAUCCGGCUCAGUUAAGGGAUCACAGUUACGUGAAUCACGUUAGGCAAACGGAUGUGCAAAUUAAAAAGGCGUGUGCAAAACUUAAAAAACACGAAUUAAUAAAAAUUGAUAUAACAGAAUUGGGUUGUAAACUUUGUAUCACUGGAUUCACCGACAUGACAGAUUUGAAGAGACAUUUAGUAACCAAACAUUCUGUAAAUAUACAAUUAAACUCCCAGGAUGGUUUGCUGCCAUUCAGAAUAACUAAAAACAGUUUCCCUUGUGCUGUUUGUGGCGAAAAUUUCGAUGAGUUCACAACAUUAAACCAUCACAUGAAUGUCCAUUAUCAGAAUUUCAUUUGUGAGCAAUGCGGAGCAGGCUUCAUGACGCCCGAUCGCCUAAGAACGCAUGCGUUCACCCACGAGAUGGGUUCAUUCCCUUGUCACGUUUGUGACAAAGUAUUCCGCUCUAUGAACGCAAAGAACGAACACUACUCCAUUGUUCAUAAGAAAGUCAAAAGGCACAGAUGUCCUCACUGUCCGGAGACUUUCCAUAACUAUUUUCAAAGGAAUAAACACAUAUCAUCUUUUCAUGGCAUGAAGUUAAAAGAAUUUAAAUGUACUCUCUGUCCUAAGGUGUUCACGUCGAGCGGUAAGUUAGGGGUUCAUACGAGAACGGUGCACUUGAAGAUGAAAAGACACGCUUGCGAUCUCUGCGAGUGGAAGUUUUAUUCGAAAUCUGAAUUGAAAGAUCACAUGAUCAGACAUGGGGGGGAACGGAAAUUUCAAUGCAAUAUCUGCAAGAAAGCUUAUGCCAGGAAAUGUACAUUACGCAUGGACUCUUUAUCGACGGAUAAUACGACGCCAGCUAAAAGGAUAAUACCACUAUUUCAAGUAGCAUACGAUCGCAGCCUCUGUAGACCCUUGGGGACUGUUACUGCCUUCCGAAAGUUGCGUCUAAAUGGCAAAGUUAAAAUGCCAUCAUCUGCAAUGCUAGGGUCGUUAACAUCGUCUCGUAGUCCUUCGCCCAUAUCAUUUGAGAGGAGAUCGCCAUCCCCAAAUAAAACCGCUCCUCCUGUUAUAUCUAUACCAAAAACAAAGAAAGCCCAAACAGAUUACCGCCAGAAUGCACUGACGGUUUUUGAAUACUCAACGGUAUAUCCAUUUAUAUACGGUAACAAUAAGUUUAAAUGUUUCGUCUGCGCACAACCCUACCUCGAUAUUACUCUUUUAAGGCAGCAUAUGAAUGAAGAACACACUUUCGCACCUCUAAAGAGAUUACUGAAUAACAGAAGAGAAAACGUUCUCAAAGUCGAUGUCGGGGAACUCUCUUGUAAUAUAUGCACAGUCAAACCGAAAGAUUUACUGCAGUUGAAGGUGCAUUUGAAAGAAGAACAUCAGAAAAUUAUCGAUCCGGAUUUGCAGGACAACAUGAUCCCUUUCAAAUUGGAGCCUCAGGACGGUUCGUUCAAAUGUGUGAUAUGCGAGGAAACUUUCAUUAAAGUUCGUAUUUUGGUUAUACAUAUGAGCGUCCACUUCAGCAACUACAGCUGCGAGAUUUGCGGAUCAGGUUUCAUGACUUUGCGACUCCUGAAGAAACAUUUGGAAGUGCACGAAACUGGAAAUUUUCCGUGUGAGAAAUGCAACAAGGUAUUUAGCACGCCUUACAAGAGAUCUCUUCACGUUCGUGGCGUACAUCUGAAGCAGUAUCCCAGGAGGUGUCCCAUUUGUCCCGAGAGGUUUAAUUCUAACUACAGGAGGACCAUUCACCUCCAGGAUGUCCACAACCAGUCGACAAGAGUCCAUAAAUGUGAGACUUGCGGCAGAGGAUUCAAUUUGAAAUAUCACCUCAUCUGUCACACUCGUUCUGUACACCUCCAGGAGAGAAAUCACCAGUGCAAAGUAUGCCUACAAAGAUUCUGCAACAAGGAAACUUUAAAACGUCAUAUGGUUAUACAUACCGGUGAGAAAAAUCAUAAGUGCGAUCUGUGCGGGAUGGCGUUUCUGCGGCGGAAAAAUCUAAAGGAUCACAUGAGACUGCACGACGUCGUCAUAAACGCUUAG